CCAGCUAGAAUUUUCAGCGCCACGCUAACUAUGGCUGAAGAGAGUACAUCGGAGGAAAAAGAAGUUUCCCGCAAGGUUUGCCUGCAUCGAGUUGAAGUUCCUGUUGCGAUAAAGGAUGCAGCAAUCUUAGCCGCAGAUGCGGCCAUGGACAAGUAUAGUACUGAAAAGGUGCGAUUUACACUUUCAAAAGGCAAGUUUGCGCUACGUAUUCCCUCGCCCUAGGAUGUGGCAACGGAUCUAAAAAGAAUCUUCGACGUGGCGUACGGUGGAACCUGGCAUUGCGUGGUAAGAUCAAAAUUCAGCGAAUCAAUAUGAAGGCAUUAUUUAUGUAUAGGUUGGUGCGAACUACGGGAGCUCAAUAACCCACCAAACAACAUCUUUGCUUUUCUUCCAGCUUGACCAGGCACACGUGCUCAUCUUUUGCAGUGAUACACCGUCCAAAUGUUAG